GUGUUGAUCAGUGCAUCCAGAAAUUUCUGGAUGUUGCCAGACAAACGGAAUGCUUUUUUCUACAAAAAAGGCUGCAGCUGUCAGUCCAGAAACCAGAGCAAGUAAUUAAAGAGGAUGUUUCAGAAUUAAGAAAUGAAUUGCAGAGAAAAGAAGCGUUAAUUCAGAAGCACUUGGCUAAACUGCGACACUGGCAGCAGGUCCUGGAAGAUAUCAGCGUACAGCACAAAAAGCCUGCAGAAAUACCGCAAGGGCCAUUAGCUUACCUAGAACAAGCAUCUGCUAAUAUUCCUGCUCCAAUGAAGCAAACAUGA